UUAGGAUAAAUGUAAAUCGAUCAGAACAGUUACGAAUGAGUAAUACAGAAAUAUUAAUGAAUAUCAGUAAGGGAAAACCUGUAGCUACUCAGACCAUACAGUUGUACGAGCUCGCCCGAACAUUAUCAGUGUGCGUAUUGAGGAAAGUUAAUUGUGGGAUUAUUGAUUGUUUAUAUGUAUAAGAACGAAUGUGUUUAUCUGUGUGUUAAGUAGUUGUUUCGAAGCGAAUGUAAAUCGACAUAAAUGUUUAAAAGUAAUUGUAUGUGUAAAAAUUGAAUGAGCGCGAGUGGAGUGCAAAGGACGCAUGCGUCAUGCAGAACACUCGACAAGGAUCGCCGCAUACAGUCCUGUUUAACAAGCGGGUUUUUGUGCUUGUAUUUCAGUGUUUUUCCGGUGAAGUAAAAAUCAUCACAUUAUUGAAAAAGAACCCUAUGCAUGCCUGUAAUUUAUUCACCUUGUCCAAGUGUGCAACAUAGACACAUAGAUAAUAUCCCCCCAAAACCCUACGAAGUGCCGCUGAGUCCGUGUCCAUUUUUUGCAUGAGACGGAGCUGAUCAUUUCCUGCCUGUAAACGAAAGUGAAAUUAAGUGUCGGCAUUUUAAAGGCAGAGUCGCCGUUUUAUCAAGAAACAUUUUAUCAAGAUUCUGGAGUAAUGUAAAGAUAUUCUAUGUUUCAAGAGGCCCCAGCAGGAAUCAUCUGGUCUGGAUCAGCAUAGAAAUGGAUGGAUCUGCUUCUGAAAUGCGCCCCCCUGUGGGGUGUAACAGAAAGAGCCCUGAUAGUGUCCCGAUGAAGAGAGCAGACUCCCCUGUACCCAGCUGUGUUUCCAUGAAGAGUGACUGGUCAAUGGACCCCCCACAUGCCUUCAGAGAGGAACCUUUUCCUACAGAUCAAAGAGACCAAAUGGAAGAAUGCAGUUCAAAUCUACAUGAUAAAUCGGGUUUAUCAUCCAUAUUGAAGUCGCUAGAGGAAAAAGCCAUGAAGUUCCUAAAGGAGGAACUGAAGACGUUUGUGAGGCACCUAGAUCAGAAUUACCCAGAAUGCUCUGAGCCUCAGCUGGAGGAGGACAAUGACCUGGACUGUGAUGGUCAGAUGCAGAAGACCAGUGUUAGAGAGGUAGCUCUGAAGAUCACACUGUACAUCCUGAGGACCAUGAAGCAAAAUGAUCUUGCUGACCUGCUGGACAAGAGAAAGCUCAUGCUACAGGAAAUCAAAGCUAAACUUAAGAAGCAAUUUGAGUGUGUAUUUGAAGGGAAAGCUAAGGAAGGACAGCCAACACUUCUCAGUGAGAUUUACACAGAACUCUACAUAACUGAAGGUGGGACUGGAGCAGUCAAUGAUGAACAUGAAGUGAGACAGAUUGAAACAGCAUCCAAGAAAAGGCGAACAGAAGAUACUACAGUCAAGUGCAAUGAUAUAUUUAAACCCUUAUGUGGGCGUGUGACACCUAUCAGAACUGUACUCACUAAAGGGGUGGCAGGCAUCGGGAAAACAGUCUCUGUGCAGAAAUUUAUUCUGGACUGGGCAGAAGGAAAAGCAAACCAGGAUGUUCACUUCAUAUUUGCUCUUCCUUUCCGGGACCUGAAUUUGAUUAAGGGUGAAUACAGUCUGAUUGAACUGCUUCACCACUUUGUCCCAGAACUGAAAUCAUUUCAAUCCACUGACCUGUUUAGCUCCAAAGUCUUGUUCAUCUUUGAUGGUCUGGAUGAGUGUCGCCUUCCUCUGGAUUUUCAGAACAAUGAGAGCUGGUUUGAUGUAACAAAGAAAACGUCACUAGAUGUGCUGUUGACUAACCUCAUUAAGGGGAAUCUGCUCCCAUCCGCUCUCCUCUGGAUAACCUCCCGGCCAGCAGCAGCCAAUCAGAUACCAGCUGAGUGUGUCCACCAGGUGACAGAGAUACGAGGGUUCAGUGAUGCCCAGAAGGAGGAGUAUUUCAGGAGGAGAUUUAAUGAUCAGAGCCUGGCCAGCAGGAUUAUCACACAUGUGAAAUCAUCAAGGAGCCUCUUCAUCAUGUGCCACAUACCUGUGUUCUGCUGGAUUUCAGCCACUGUGCUUAAGAGGCUUUUUAGUGAGACUGACAGGGGAGAAAUUCCAAAGACUCUGACUGAAAUGUACACACACUUCCUGAUCUUUCAGACAAGUUUAAAAAAUGACAAGUAUAUGAAAAACCAUGAAACUAAGCUUAAGGAAUACAGCAAGCAAUUCCUUUUAAAACUUGGUAAACUUGCUUUUGACAACCUUGAGAAAGGCCAUCUCAUAUUUUAUGAGCAAGAUCUGACAGAGAAUGACAUUGAUGUCGCUGAAACUUCAGUUUACUCUGGAGUCUGCACAGAAGUCUUUAAAGAGGAGUAUGGGUUGUACCAGGAGAAGGUGUACUGCUUUGUGCAUCUGAGCAUCCAGGAGUAUCUCGCUGCUUUAUAUGUGUUUCUGUCAAACUCAUCAGCUGACCUGCUGGAGACUGCAAUGGAUCAGGCAUUAGAGAGCAAGAAUGGACACUUGGACCUCUACCUCCGCUUCCUCCUGGGCCUCUCAACAGACUCCAGAAAGACUCUGUUACAAAGGCUACUGGGGCCGACAAGAAUCAGCUCACAUACCAUUAAGGAUACAGCCCAGUACAUCAAGGGGAAAAUAAAGGAGAAUUUAUCUCCAGAAAGGACCAUCAAUCUGUUCCACUGUCUGACUGAACUGGGUGACAAUUCUCUAGUAGAGGAAGUACAAAGAUACCUGAAUUCAGGAAACAUUUCAGCAGAUGACCUCUCACCUGCACAAUACUCAGCUCUGGCCUUUGUGAUGCUGAUGUCAGAUGAGGAGCUGGAUGUGUUUGACCUGAAAAAAUACAUCAGACGAGAUAAACAGCACUGCAGGCUGCUGCCUGUGGUCAAGAACUCCAGGACGGCUCUGCUGAACAGCUGUGAUCUCAUAGAUAAACACUGUGAAGUGCUGACUUCAGCUCUCAGAUCAAACUCCUCACCCCUGAGAGAGCUGGAUCUGAGCUACAAUCACCCAGGAGAUUCAGGAGUGAAGCUGCUCUCUGCUGCACUGGGGGAUUUACACUGUAAACUGGAGAUACUGAGGCUGUCAGGCUGUAGAGUCACAGAAGAAGGCUGUUCUUCCCUGGCUUCAGCUCUGAAGUUAAACCCCUCACACCUGAGAGAGCUGGACCUGAGCUACAAUCACCCAGGAGAUUCAGGAGUGAAGCUACUCUCUGCUGUACUGGAGGAUCUCAGCUGUAAACUGGAGAAGCUGCAGGUGGGCUGGUGUGAACUCACAGAGAAAUGCUGUGAGGCACUGGCUUCAGCUCUCAGAUCAAACUCCUCACCCCUGAGAGACCUGGACCUGAGUGACAAUGACCUGCAGGACUCAGGAGUGAAGCUGCUCUCUGCUGGACUGGGGGACUUAGACUGCAACCUGGAGAUACUGAGCAUCUCUCUGCCUUUUCAUGGCUGCAUGAAAGGAAGCCAGCUUUCCACCUGGACAUGGCCUCACAGCCAUUGCUUCAACGUUGAGGAUCAGGUUCCUCAAGCUGCUGACUGCCUGUUAAUGUGAUUCCAUCUAAACAUAACUUUGUUGUAGUCUUAACAUGGCAAAGAACUGAGAUCUCAAAUAAUGGUAUAAUUGAUUGUUUCAUCACAAGGUAAAGCUUACCUGGGGGAGGAUCACAUCAUUUCUUUGAAGUAACAAGCUGUAUUUACUGAUGGCAGAAAAUAAAUCUGCCAAGAAAUGGCAGAAAGCCAGAAAUGAGCCAUCCUCCAUUGUCUCCUUGAUCUACAAAGAGGAAAACAAUAAAUUUAUACCUUUACAUGAGCAAUAUCUAUACAUGUAAGACAUAGCACUGUGCAGAUAAUUAUUUAUACAGGUAUGACAGAGCAGGUAAAGUUCCACACAGUUUCAAAGGCCAUGAUCAUUCCCACCCAUACUUUACACUGACAUGCUUUGCUCUGCCAGCUAUAUCAGCAUUUGUUGAUGAAGCAGCCAGGUGGUCCAUAUGAGCAUAUACUACUGUGUACUGCCCAGAAUCUUCCAGGGUCCCCUCCUUCUUCUCUUGCUUCAGCAGCACAUCCAAUGCCCUGGACACAUGUGGCAACCAUCUUGUGCCCUUGACACCACCUGGAUUGUUCACCGAUACACCCAGUUCGACUGCAAGGCGUUUUGAUUCCCUUCUGGAUUUAGAGCUGAAGUGAUAGGUCUUCCAAAUUAAGUGGAGCAGGUUGUACACAUUGCCUACCCAAGGUGAAUCCUUCUGAGCAGAGAGUAGGGCAAGCUCCAAUCUAAAAUAAUGGGCAAAUAGAGUACAAAUCUGAAAAUUUAGUUUGCUAUCAAGACAGAAAGCCUUAGUUUUUUGUCAACCUGUGAGUUAAUGACCAUUAUCAGCUCACCUAUGAGGCAUGCAGUGAAAUGGGAUGAUAUGCUUUCCUGCCUCCUCUUGGAGUUUCACUGAUACACCUCCCUUCUUCCCAAGAUUCACAGCUGCUCCAUCAGCUCCCAUAGCCACUGUCUUCUGCAUCCAGUUGUGGCACGAGUCCCCAAGACCAGCAAAUGCUGACUUAGAGGCUUCAUAGAUUCCUAAAAUAUUUCCCACUAGUUAAAUACAUGUUUAAAUGGGUCGAACAUCAUUAACACUUUAACAAACAAAUCCAUUUAUAAUAUAAAAACCAACAAACACAUUCAGUAAGACACUAAAUACAAUUUUUACAAGUGAAAUUAAUAGAGUAGACUAAUAUACUGCCAUUAUAUAUAUAUAACUAUGCAACUAUGCAAUACCAAAUAGGCUAUUAAUUAAUUAAUUAGAAAAAAGAAGAAGAAGAAACAACUUACCAUCAGCAUUAGCAUGUUCCACCUCAACAUGCCCAAUGAGGAUGGUCGUGGGUUGUCCGUCAAGCAGGAUGCGGACAUACACAAUCACGCACUCCUUGACAGACAGGUCGGUGUCUCCAUCGAUCAUGAAUGAGAUGUACUGGGCUGAUGAUACUUUAACGGCAGUGUUCUCACGGAUGGUAUCUGCUAUUACGCCGAUGAUAUUGGCGCAUGACUUGUCAUUUGCAUAUGUCAUGUUAAUUGCAAUACCGUUCUUUUUCAUUAGCUGCAACAUGGGUUUAAAUUUAGUGAAGGCGAGCUCUUCUUUGGCGAUAGUGUAUGCGGUGUUAAAUUUUACGUUCUGUUCUGCCGACUGCGCGGAACGGCUGGCAGUAUCCUGACGAUUAAAAGCCUUAACGAUCGAACCUGAUGAUACUGAAGCUUUUGCCACACAUUUGUCCCUGCAUUUCUUGUGUUUGGCACUCUCACCGUGUUUGACCAAGCUCUCGCGCUUAAAGUGCGUAGAUUCAGUGGCGAACGCUGUGUUACCUGCAAACUCCGUCCCACAGGUUUUACAGUGAAUGCAGUGCAUAGAGCCAUUUUCAUAGCGGAGCCACUCGAAGUCUUUCAACCAUUCUCUCCGAAAACUGUACGCCUUCUUUUCGGCUAGUGAAUCAACAUUCACCACAUGAUCACUAUCACCAGCGCCAUUAUUUGUAACUUUAGGUGGUUUGCAAAAGAAAUCUGUCAGUGUUCUUUUCAUUUUCCCGCUUCUUCACCUCUUUAUAUUUAUAUUUCCCCGCUGUAGUUCACGCCGUCACCUGACUGAGUGAUUGACAGCUAUUAUUAACCAAUCUAAAAUCUCAACGGCAGAACGGUCACCAUAUCAGCAUUCAGCACACAGAAUACAUAUACUGUUAACAUUUUUUAGAGAAAUUAAAACAGGUAGCACGACAACAAUUACAUGCACUCGCACCAAUGCUCCCAAAUAUAUUUUGAGGUCGCAUAGAUGAAAUUUCGGGAGCAUAUGCGACCAAAAUGGUCACAAUUUCGAGCCCUGGGUAGCCAACAUGGAUUUAGGAGAAGUAGAUCCUGUUCAACUAAUCUACUUGAGUUCUUUGAGGAAGCAAAAAGAGAAAUUAGUCACAAAAUGUACUUAGAUUUGCAGAAGGCCUUUGAUGUUGUCCCCCUCAAACAGCUCUUGCUUAAGCUCAAAACUGCAGGGAUUUUAGGAACUGUAGCAGCUUUGAUUGAAAACUGGUUAACAGACAGGAAGCAGCAGGUAGUUAUUAGAGGCACAAUGUCACAGUGGGCCUGCGUUCAUAGUGGGGUACCGCAGGGUUCAAUUUUAGGACCACUAUUGUUCCUAAUUUACAUUAAUGAUAUUGACGCCAAUACAUACAGUAAACUAGUUAAAUUAGCAGAUGGCACCAAAUUGGAUGAUGUAGCAAAUACUGAUCUAACAGCGGAGAGGCUACAAUGGGAUCUUGAUUUAAUUAGCGACUGGGCUGAUACCUGGCAGAUUAAAUUUAAUGUGGAUAAAUGUAAGGCAAUCCAUGCAGGGAGCAGAAAUAUAAAGUACAGAUAUUUUAUGGGUUCCACUGAAAUAAAGGAAAUAAACUGAUUAUGAGAAAGACCUCGGUGUGUAUGUUGAUGCUUCCAUGUUCCACUCUCGCUAGUGUGGAGAAGCAAUUAAAAAGGCCAAUAGGAUGUUGGGUUACAUCUCUAGGUCUGUGGAGUUUAAGUUAAAUGAGGGGAUGCUAAGAUUAUACAAUUCCUUGGUAAGCCCCCACCUAGAAUAUUAUUUUAAUAUGAGAGGGGGAUAUAGGGCUGUCGAAGGAACAAUCAGGUUCGCUUUGGUCCGUUGAGAAAUAUUUAUUAUAAUAUAUAUUAUGAUAUCUUUCAUAAGCAUUGAUAGUUAACCCCACUAAUUAAUAAAAUGAAAAAGUAGCCACAAGCCAUCUACACUCGGACGUGCUAUAAUCACCCACCUUCACACACCACCGGGGAGCCCCUUUCAGUCCUGGCAGGAGACCAACACGUGAUUCCUGAGAAGUGCCGGGCAAUGUGCGCUCUAUCCCACGGCUGAUCUCCGGUCAGUGCUGAGCUCUUCCCCUUCCUUUAUACUAAAUCUGGAGCGGUACGCGUGCGGGCAGGGGGCGAGCUGGCCAGGCUCACCCCUCCCCUCAGUGAAUGUGCUCUUUAUUCUCCAAUUCCUGUCCAGUUGAGGCUGUUUGCGCUUGUGGUUAUGAAGCAUUUUGGGCAAGGCUUUCCCUUUUCCUCUGGGAGAGAAAAGAUAAGCCUCCCUUUCCGCUGGGAAAGGCAAGAUAGGUGUUCUAGCUCUUUCUGUGAGAAACAACUUAUAUAAGGGAUCAGUGAAAAAACAUGUUUGUGCAGUUCACCUGUGGCACAACAAUAAUGUGGGUGAAUCACGGUGGACGAUGUAAUUGAAUACCGGGGUGUUUAGUCCAAACACGAUCAGAAUCAAUCCAUACCUCAAUCCCCUCAUAGGUAUAUCUGCUAGGUGGAGUUGGAGGUGCAGUAUAAUCCCAUUAUAAUGGACUCGCUUAUAACGGAAUAUCAUCUAUAACAGACGAGGUCCACUGGCUGUGCACCUUUAAAAACAUGCAGAAAAAGCAUCGGAUAUAGCGGAGUCGCAUAUAAUGGAAUUUCGCUUAUAACAGACAAACAGUUUGGUCCCGUUUGUCGUUUGCCAUUUGUCUGCUGCAGGGUACGCGUGUGUGAGAGUGUCUGUGACAAGGUACGUGUCUGUGAGAGUGUCCGUGACAGGAUACGUGUGUGUGAGAGUGUCUGUGACAGUGUACGUGUGUGUGAGAGUGUCUGCGGCAGGAUACGUGUGUGUGAGAGUUUCUCUGACAGGGUACGUGUGUGUGAGAGUGUCUGUGACAGGGUACGUGUGUGUGAGAGUGUCUGUGACAGGGUACGUGUGUGUGAGAGUGUCUGUGACAGGGUACGCGUGAGUGAGAGUGUCUGUGACAGGGUACGCGUGUGUGAGAGUGUCUGUGACAGGGUACGCGUGUGUGAGAGUGUCUGCGGCAGGGUACGUGUGUGUGAAAGUGUCUGUGACAGGGUACGUGUGUGUGAGAGUGUCUGCGACAGGGUACGUGUGUGUGAGAGUGUCUGUGACAGGAUACGUGUGUGUGAGAGUGUCUGUGGCAGGAUACGUGUGUGUGAGAGUGUGCGGCAGGAUACGUGUGUGUGAGUGUCUGUGGCAGGGUACGGGUGUGUGAGAGUGUCUGUGGCAGGGUACGUGUGUGUGAGAGUUUCUCUGACAGGGUACGUGUGUGUGAGAGUGUCUGUGGAAGGGUACGUGUGUAUGAGAGUGUCUGUGACAGGGUACGUGUGUGUGAGAGUGUGCGGCAGGAUACGCGUGUGUGAGAGUGUCUGUGGCAGGAUACGUGUGUGUGAGAGUGUCUGCGGCAGGGUACGGGUGUGUGAGAGUGUCUGUGGCAGGAUACGUGUGUGUGAGAGUGUCUGUGACAGGGUACGUGUGUGUGAGAGUGUGCGGCAGGGUACGUGUGUGUGAGAGUGUCUGUGGCAGGAUACGUGUGUGUGAGAGUUUCUCUGACAGGGUACGUCUGUGUGAGAGUGUCUGUGACAGGGUACGUGUGUGUGAGAGUGUGUGGCAGGGUACGUGUGUGUGAGAGUGUCUGCGGCAGGAUACGUGUGUGUGAGAGUUUCUCUGACAGGGUACGUGUGUGUGAGAGUGUCUGUGACAGGGUACGUGUGUGUGAGAGUGUCUGUGGCAGGAUACGUGUGUGUGAGAGUGUCUGCGGCAGGAUACGUGUGUGUGAGAGUUUCUCUGACAGGGUACGUGUGUGUGAGAGUGUGCGGCAGGGUACGUGUGUGUGAGAGUGUCUGCGGCAGGAUACGUGUGUGUGAGAGUUUCUCUGACAGGGUACGUGUGUGUGAGAGUGUCUGUGGCAGGAUACGUGUGUGUGAGAGUUUCUCUGACAGGGUACGUCUGUGUGAGAGUGUCUGUGACAGGGUACGUGUGUGUGAGAGUGUGCGGCAGGGUACGUGUGUGUGAGAGUGUCUGCGGCAGGAUACGUGUGUGUGAGAGUUUCUCUGACAGGGUACGUGUGUGUGAGAGUGUCUGUGACAGGGUACGUGUGUGUGAGAGUGUGCGGCAGGGUACGUGUGUGUGAGAGUGUCUGUGGCAGGAUACGUGUGUGUGAGAGUGUCUGCGGCAGGAUACGUGUGUGUGAGAGUUUCUCUGAUAGGGUACGUGUGUGUGAGAGUUUCUCUGACAGGGUACGGGUGUGUGAGAGUGUCUGUGGCAGGAUACGUGUGUGUGAGAGUGUCUGUGACAGGGUACGUGUGUGUGAGAGUGUGCGGCAGGGUACGUGUGUGUGAGAGUGUCUGUGGCAGGAUACGUGUGUGUGAGAGUUUCUCUGACAGGGUACGUCUGUGUGAGAGUGUCUGUGACAGGGUACGUGUGUGUGAGAGUGUGCGUCAGGAUACGCGUGUGUGAGAGUGUCUGUGGCAGGAUACGUGUGUGUGAGAGUGUCUGCGGCAGGAUACGUGUGUGUGAGAGUGUCUGUGACAGGGUACGUGUGUGUGAGAGUGUGCGGCAGGAUACGCGUGUGUGAGAGUGUCUGUGGCAGGAUACGUGUGUGUGAGAGUGUCUGCGGCAGGGUACGGGUGUGUGAGAGUGUCUGUGGCAGGAUACGUGUGUGUGAGAGUGUCUGUGACAGGGUACGUGUGUGUGAGAGUGUGCGGCAGGGUACUUGUGUGUGAGAGUGUCUGUGGCAGGAUACGUGUGUGUGAGAGUGUCUGUGGCAGGAUACGUGUGUGUGAGAGUUUCUCUGACAGGGUACGUGUGUGUGAGAGUGUCUGCGGCAGGAUACGCGUGUGUGAGUGUCUGUGGCAGGAUACGUGUGUGAGAGAGUGUCUGUGGCAGGGUACGGGUGUGUGAGAGUGUCGGUGGCAGGAUACGUGUGUGUGAGAGUGUCUGUGACAGGGUACGUGUGUGUGAGAGUGUGCGGCAGGGUACUUGUGUGUGAGAGUGUCUGUGGCAGGAUACGUGUGUGAGAGUGUCUGUGGCAGGAUACAUGUGUGUGAGAGUUUCUCUGACAGGGUACGUGUGUGUGAGAGUGUCUGCGGCAGGAUACGCGUGUGUGAGUGUCUGUGGCAGGAUACGUGUGUGAGAGAGUGUCUGUGGCAGGGUACGUGUGUGUGAGAGUGUCUGUGGCAGGGUACGUGUGUGUGAGAGUGUCUGUGACAGGGUACGUGUGUGUGAGAGUGUCUGUGAUACAGUACCCCACCCCCAGUGCAUUAGGUGACCUGCCCCACCCAGAGGCACAGGGGAAAAGAACCACUCCCCCAAACUAGAGGCUAGUUGAAGUGGCAGGACUGGGGGGGCGAGUGAAGUCAGUAUUUAAUGUGAGUCGUAGAGGGGAGAGGAAAAGAAAAGGAGAAAAACACAAAGAAGGAAAAAAACAAAGACAGGAUUGUAUUUAUAUAUGAUGGUUGUGGAUGAUAGGAGCCGUAAUUGUCAAAAAGAAAUUAGUAAGUAAGUAACUUAUUACACAUAUACACUGCUCAAAAAAAUUAAAGGAACACUAUGAAAACACAUCAGAUAUCAAAGGGUAACAAAAUCAUGCUGGAUAUCUAUACUGAUGUAGACUGAGUAAUGUGUUAGGAAUGAAAGGAUGCCACAUCGUUUGAUGGAAAUGAAAUUAUCAACCUACAGAGGGCUGAAUUCAAAGACAUCCCGAAAAUCAAAGUGAAAAAUGAUGCGGCAGACUAGUCCAUUUUGCCGAAAUUUAUUACAGUAACUCAGAAUCAUACUCAGUAGUUUGUAUGGCCCCCACGUGCUUGUAUGCAUGCCUGACAAUGUCGGGGCAUGGUCCUAAUGAGACCACGGAUGGUGUCCUGGGGGAUCUCCUCUCAGAUCUGGACCAGGGUAUCACUGAGCUUCUGGACAGUCUGAAGUGCAACCUGGUGGCAUCGGAUGGACGAAACAUAAUGUCCCACAGGUGUUCUAUUGGAUUUAGGACAGGCGAGCGUGGGGGGCAGUCAAUGGUAUCAAUUCCUUCAUCCUCCAGGAACUGCCUACAUGCUCUUGCCACAUGAGGCCGGGCAUUGUCGUGCACCAGGAGGAACCCAGGACCCACUGCACCAGCAUAGGGUCUAACAAUGGGUUCAAGGACUUCAUCCUGAUACCUAAUGGCUGUCAAGGUGCCGUUGUCUAGCCUGUAGAGGACUGUGCGUCCCUCCAUGGAUAUGCCUCCCCAGACCAUCACUGACCCACCACCAAACCGGUCAUGCUGAACAAUGCUGCAGGCAGCAUAACGUUCUCCAUGGCUUCUCCAAACCCUUUCACGUCUGUCACAUGUGCUCAGGGUGAACCUGCUCUCAUCUGUGAAAAGCACAGGGUGCCAGUGGCUGACCUGCAAAUUCUGGUAUUCUAUGGCAAAUGCCAAUCGAGCUCCAUGGUGCUGGGCAGUGAGCACAGGGCCCACUAGAGGACGUUGGGCCCUCAAGCCACCUUUAUGAAGUCUGUCUCUGACCAAACAAUCAGAAACAUUCACACCAGUGGCCUGCUGGAGGUCAUUUUUUUCAGUUCAAAAGCCAGCAUCUCUGAUGGUAUGGGGGUGCAUAAGUGCAUACGGUAUGGGCAGCUUGCAUGUUUUGGAGGGAACUAUGAAUGAUGAAAGGUAUAUAAAGGUUUUAGAGCAACACCUGCUCCCCUCCAGAGGACGUCUGUUUGAGGGAAGGCUUUGUGUAUUUCAGCAGGACAAUGCAAAACUACAUACUGCAGCUAUUACAAGCACAUGGCUUCGUCGAAGAAGAGUCCGGGUGCUGAAUUGGCCUGUCUGCAGUCCAGAUCUUUCACCUAUAGAGAACAUACAGUAAUUACCUGUGACACCCAUGGUGCACUGUGAGCAGGUAUACAGGCCAACAGAGCAUGCAGAUAAUUAUCU